AUGAACACACCAACAAUAAUAAUUGAUAAUGGAAGUGGUCUGAUAAAGGCUGGAGAAUCAAGUGAAGAAUUACCAAAAAUUGUAUUUCCAUGUGUUGUAGGACAUUCUAAGGAAACUAACAAACUAGAAAAUAUAGGAGACUUUGCUCGAUUUUCAAAAGACUUGAAUUUACAACAACCAAUUCAACGAGGGAUUAUCAAUGACUGGAAUGAUAUAGAAGAUAUUUGGGAUUUUGCUUUUGAAGAGUUACAAGUAGAAUCAAGUGACCAAGUUGUUAUGUUAACUCAAGCAGCAUUAACACCACCAAUUCAUAAAGAAAAAAUGGCACAAAUUAUGUUUGAAGGAUUUGGUAUGAAAGGAUUAGAUGUUAUGAUGCAGAGUUUAUUAGAACUUUAUUUUAGCGGAAGAACAACAGGAGUUGUUGUUGAUUGUGGAUAUGGAAUGUGUCAAGUUGUUCCAAUUUAUAAUGGAUAUAUGAUGGAACAUGCUACUCUCCGACUCAUGUGUGCAGGAGAAGAAAUUAAUGAAUAUUUAAGAAAAUUAUUAAUUGAACGAGGAAUAAUAUUUAGUACUGAGAGUGAGAAAAUUGAAGUUGAAAGAAUAAAAGAGCGAUUAGGUUAUGUUGCAUUUGAUUAUAAAGAAGAAUCAACAUUAGCAUCAUUGUCUAGUGAAUUAGAUAAGAAGUAUGAACUUCCAGAUGGUCAAAUAAUUUCUAUUGGAAGUGAACGAUUUAAAUGUAGUGAAGUAUUAUUUGAGCCAAAUAUUAUUGGAAAAGAAACAAGUGGAAUUCAUGAAAUAACAUAUAACUCUAUUAUGCAAUGUGAUUGUGAUUUAAGAAAAGACAUGUAUAAUAACAUUGUUCUUUGUGGUGGAAGCUCAAUGUUCCCUGGAAUGAAACAACGAUUUAUUAAAGAAAUUACAGUUUUAUCCCCUCCUACUAUUCAAAUUAAUGUUGAUUGUAAUAGAAAAAGAAAGUAUGGUGCUUGGAUUGGAGGAAAAAUGUUUGCUAGUUUAUCAUCAUUUGAAGAACGUUAUAUGAAGAAAGCUGAAUAUGAUGAAUUUGGUGCUUCUUAUAUUAAUUCUAAAGAUAAAAAAUAA